UUAUAACACACGAUGAUCUUAUUGUUGUCUCUUACAGUGGCUUGACUCGAAUUCCAUUAUAAACAUCCAGCUUUCAUGCAUUGAGAUAGAUUCACCAAAGAAAGCACCUGUAAUAUCCAGCCAAAACUUUUUUUUUUUCUGGCAUUCAAGUGAAGUGACAGACAAAGCUUCUUUGAUCCAAUAACAGUAUCAUCCACAGGAGAAAAGAACGGUUUUGAUUACAAAAUGCCUACUCAAAAAAUUGAAACUGGUCAUGAGGACACUGUUCAUGUUGUGGCAAUGGAUUACUAUGGAAAGCGGAUUGCAACUGCCUCAUCGGAUCAUUCAAUCAAGAUAAUUGGGGUUAAUAACAAUACUUCUCAACAUCUUGCAAAUCUGACUGGGCACCAAGGCCCAGUUUGGCAAGCAGCAUGGGCGCACCCGAAAUUUGGUUCUUUACUUGCUUCUUGUUCUUAUGAUGGCCGAGUCAUAAUAUGGAAGGAGGGUAAUCAGAAUGACUGGACACAGGCUCAUGUUUUUGACGAUCACAAAUCAUCUGUCAAUUCCAUUGCUUGGGCACCUCAUGAACUGGGGCUUUCUUUGGCAUGUGGUUCCUCUGAUGGGAAUAUAUCUGUUUUCACUGCACGUGCUGAUGGUAACUGGGACACAUCAAGGAUUGAUCAAGCUCACCCGGUUGGUGUAACCUCUGUUUCAUGGGCUCCAUCCACUGCACCUGGUGCCCUUGUUGGUUCUGGUUUACUUGACCCUGUUCAGAAGCUUUGCUCAGGUGGCUGUGAUAAUACUGUCAAAGUGUGGAAACUUUACAACGGGAACUGGAAGCUGGACUGUUUUCCAGCUCUCAACAUGCAUACUGAUUGGGUGAGGGAUGUUGCUUGGGCACCCAACUUGGGCCUUCCCAAAUCUACCAUUGCUAGUGCCUCACAGGAUGGUAAGGUUAUUAUAUGGACUGUGGCUAAGGAAGGUGAUCAAUGGGAAGGUAAGGUUUUACAUGACUUCAAGGCUCCUGUCUGGAGGGUCUCCUGGUCCCUAACUGGAAACAUACUGGCUGUUGCUGAUGGGAACAACAAUGUCACGUUGUGGAAAGAAGCCGUAGAUGGGGAAUGGCAACAGGUGACAACUGUUGAUGCCUAGGACUUGUGAUCUUAAAGCUUUUACUUGUAAAACUAGAUCGUGCUUUGAUUCCAUGAUAAUCCAUGAUUUGGAGCUCCUAUCCCUUUAACACCUCUCCCCACCCCUGAACAUUAUUCUAUAUUUUUUAUUAUUGUGUUAGAUAAUUCUGGAUGCCGAUUUUUGAACUUCAGUCUUGAUUAUUGUGUGCAAUUGGUAACAUUUUUUCUUA